UUACUUGAAGCCUUUACCAUCGUCUCCUGCUUUCCGACGCCUGCCCGAAAGGGUUUUAGAUAGAGCUUUACAGGAUAAGGGUUUUGGUUCUCGCCAUGGAUCACCGCUCCAAGCGCAGGAGAGAAGAGGAAACGGGGGUCCUUCCUUUGGUUUCUGAAAAUGGCGGCUUCAAUGGAGAAAGCGGUUUUGGAGGAAUCGAUCUGUCCCUUCUUGAGGCUGUGGAGAGCUCCCACAACGGCGGCGUGGAGGUCCUUGACCUCAGAGCCAUGAAGAAGCUCGUGCUAUCCUUCGAACGCCGCCUCCGCGAUAACCUCGAGACCCGCAUGAAGUACCCCGAGCAACCGGAUAAAUUCGCCGACUCGGAAGUCGAGCUCCAUGAGGAGAUUGAACGGCUGAAGAUCCUCGCCGGCGGACCCGAGCUCUACCCUGAGCUCGUAGCCCUCAACACAGUUCCCUCAAUUGUCGAUCUGCUCGGCCAUGAUAACAUCGACAUCGCCAUCGAUGUGGUGGGCCUCCUCAUGGAUCUCACAGAUGAGGACGUUUUGGAGGACAAUGACGAGCCCGCUCGCAUCCUCGUUGACGCCCUGAUCGAAAACAACGCGCUCGAGCUUCUCGUCCAGAAUAUCAGCCGCCUUUCCGAGUCUGAUCCCGACGAGACUGCCGCCAUAUACAAUACACUGGCCACCGUCGAGAACAUGAUCGAGGUAAAACCUGCGGUAGCGGAGCUCGUCUGUGAGCGGACAAAGCUUCUGAGGUGGCUUCUAGGGAGGAUUAAGAUACGGGAGUUCGAUGGCAACAAGCAGUACGCUUCAGAGAUCUUGGCCAUUCUGCUGCAGAACAGCACUGCGAACCAGAAGAGGUUAGGUCAGAUGAACGGUGUGGAUGGGGUAUUGCAGGCUGUGGCGAUGUACAAGUCUAGGGAUCCGAAGAGCUCAGAUGAAGAAGAGAUGCUGGAGAAUUUAUUUGAUUGCUUGUGUUGCCUGUUGAUGCCGGUGGAAAACAAGGAGAGGUUCAUCAAAUCUGAAGGAGUGGAGCUAAUGAUCAUCAUCAUGAAGCAGAAGAAGUCUGCAUAUGGCUCUGCCAUUAGAGCCCUUGAUUUUGCAAUGACCAAAUAUCCUCCCGCUUGCGAGCGUUUUGUGGAUGUACUGGGACUGAAGACAGCAUUUGCCGCUUUCAUGGGUAAGAUUCCCCUUAGCAAGAAAAACAAGAGGGAGAGCUACCAAGAGGAGUUAGAGGAGCGUAUCAUUUCUCUAAUUGCAUCGUUAUUUGCUGGCAUUACAAGAGGCUCAAGAAGGGAAAGACUGUUGAGCAAAUUUGUUGAAAAUGAAUGUGAGAAAAUUGAUAGGCUUAUGGAAUUAUAUUCACGGUACUCUGAUAGAGUUAAGAAUGAGACAGAACGGCUGAACAAACUUGAACUAGAUGACCUGGAGAUGGAUGAAGAAGAACAGUAUAACCGUAAGCUAGAAGCUGGGCUAUACACUCUCCAAUUGAUUGCUGUUAUUCUAGGCCACCUUUGGUCCUCUGAGCAUCAGCAGAUGAGGGGAAGAAUAGAGCUACUACUUCGGCAGCAAAGAUUGACAAAGGAGGAUGUGAAGGAUGUACUUCUGGAGUAUCAUGACAACAUUGGAGAUGUGGACGGGCCAGAAGACAAGGAAAGAGCACAAACAAGAAUCCAAAAAUUCAUUGCAGCACUGUCAGACCUAUAAAAUCCAUAUAGAAUGCUAUUAUGGACUAUCAUAUCAUGCUUUUGAUCCCUAAUUUCUCAAAUUUGAAGAGUUCAGUUUGUAAGGUUCAGUCUUUGCCAGUGUGCUACUAGGGCUAAGUGCAUCAAAGCCUUCGGGCUUAUUUGAUUGUUUUAUAGAUAAGUUAAAGGGAAUGAUAGGUGCAGUUUUUUCGUUUGUUUUGUUUUUUAGAUAAUAAUUAUAAUUUUAUUUCGGUACUGUCUU